UGUCGGCGGCGGUGCCACGUCAGAGCUCGGCGCCACGUCCCGGGAGAGGCAGCGGACGGAAGGACGGACGGAGCUUUGCGGCGAUGGGCGGCUCAGAGAGCGUGGAGAUACCGGGCGGCGGCAGCGAGGGAUACCACGUCCUCCGGGUUCAAGAAAAUUCCCCUGGCCACAGAGCUGGAUUGGAGCCAUUCUUUGACUUUGUUGUUUCCAUUGGCAAUACUCGAUUGAAUCACGAUAAUGAUACCCUUAAAGAUCUUUUGAAAGCCAAUGUGGAGAAACCAAUUAAAAUGGUUGUCUACAGCAGCAAGACACUCAAAUUGAGAGAAACUACAGUCACUCCUAGCAACAUGUGGGGAGGUCAAGGCUUGCUUGGAGUCAGCAUUCGUUUCUGCAGUUUCGAGGGAGCUAAUGAAAAUGUCUGGCAUGUGUUGGAAGUGGAAUCAAACUCUCCUGCUGCACUAGCUGGUCUUCGACCUCACACAGAUUAUAUAAUUGGAGCCGACACAGUCAUGAAUGAGUCCGAGGAUCUCUUCUCUCUGAUAGAAACUCAUGAAGGGAAAGCGUUGAAAUUGUACGUCUACAAUACAGACACAGAUAACUGCCGGGAAGUAGUUAUCACACCUAAUACCACCUGGGGUGGAGAAGGCAGCUUAGGGUGUGGGAUUGGAUAUGGCUACUUGCAUCGAAUUCCAACCCGUCCAUUUGCAGAGGGUAAAAAGAUAAAUCUUCCAGGAACAGGUACAUCAGUCAGUCCAUUAAAAGAUGGCUUCACAGAGGUUCAGCUAUCUGCAGUUUCCGCAGCAACUGCUGCAAACACCAACCUACAGCAGGGCCUAUCUGCACUAUCACUCGGUACAGCUCCUCCUUCGGUCAACAGUGUUUUUAAUACUGGUGUUCCAACGGUUCCAUUGUUGCCUUCAUCUGCAAAUACAUCCUCCAGCACAAUUCCAACAAGUAUAAAUGUUGAUUCUACCCUGACCAGUCUCAUGCCAUUACCAAGUGGACUGCCUACUUUACCCAAACUACCUAAUGUGGACAUCAAUCUACAGAACCUUGCUCAUGUGACCUUACCAGGAAUAGGUGCAGUCCCUCCGCUCACUGGUUAUCCAUCAGCCACUCAGUUGCCACCAAUAAAUCUCUCUGGACUGCCCCCCCUCACAAUGCCCACCAUGUAUCCCUCGCAAUCAUCCAUGAUUACAGGGGUAAAGGCUGGUUUAACUGAAGCCGUUUCAGCUAUCUCUCCAAGGGGAGGUGGUUUUCAUGUUUCUGCCUCUGCACCGCCUGCUGUUCAGACCCCUGCCCUCAUUUUAGAUACUACGUCUGUCUCCAUGGCAACUGCUGACAUCCAGGCAACUGCAUCACCUAACGCAAAUAAAGAAGAACCAUCUUCCAUUUCCACAGAUGCACAAGCUUCUUCUGAGUCAUUUUAACUGCAAAAUCUUUGCAAAAGCAGGAGCUGAUUAAUGUAUUUAUUCAGCUGCAGUAAACUCAUUCUAAAAUUAAAUAAACGAGUAGACUGGCAUGAUUGCAUCUCUGAGCUUUAAACCUUUGUACAUAAUUAUAAGGCUGAGUUAAAUACAUAACCUUUAAUAUUAUUGGAUGGUUUACUACAUUGUACAGCAAUGUGGUACUUUUGAUGUAAAUGUAAAAUAAAUUAUUUUAUCAAGUACAGAUUUAAUUCCCUCUCUUCUCCCUGUCCUCUGGUGGAGCUGCUAAUGCUGUCCAAUUACAUCUAGCCACCAUCUUGUCUGUCAUUUUCCAGCCUGGGUAAUUUUCAGAGCAACAGGUCAACACUUGCCGUUUCAUUAAAACACCCCACUGCUUUUAAUGACAGUUGAAAGGAAGUAAUGUGUGAGAGAGAGAGAGAGAGAGAGAGAGAGAGUACAUGGAGCUGAAAUCCAGUAGACAUCACCGUAAGCUUAACAGGGAACACAUUUGAAAGGGAUGAUCGAGCAAUAAACUCCACUGAAAAGGCACUGGUAUUUUUCAGAAUAGAAUAAAAAAUCUAUUUUUAAACAAUUAUCUUGUCAACUCUAGUGUGCCAAAAUACAAUAUUGCUUUUGUGUUUAUAGCCUGAAAUUCCUGUGACAUUGUCAGAUUCUAAAGUGAGUGAUGAUAAUACGAAAGAAAACGCAUUAAGAUUCUUAAAUGAACAGUGCUAACAGGUUCAUCAUUUAGUAUAAAUGUAAUGAUGUUGAGUAUUUUAUGCAUAAUUGUGAUGCCUUUUAAAAAUGCUGCUGAAUUGCUGGAUAAUUUUUUUUUAAAUCACGUGAAAAUUUAGAAACAUUGAGGCAAGAAAAAUCAUAGAAGGUCUUCUUGUAAGCCGAUAAUCAUGAAGCUCGUAGCAAAUACUCUGGAAGGUAGAUAACAGUGGUAGUGUAAUACAGUGUAAUAAAUGAGAAGCCGUCAAAGCCUCUGAUUUCAAGUGGUUUUCUACCCAGGUAUUAAUGCUUUAUCUCAAACUGCUUGUUAUAGUUAAACUAUAGCUAUGAGUUUAAUGAGAGUUGAGAAUUUUGUUUUGGAGGAAGAGUUUAGAUUACUUGCAUCACAGUAAGACAAUGGAACAAAGUUAAUUUCUGGAUUGUGGAUCUUUGGUGUCCACGAUCUGCCCUAACUGUUGAACAGCCGUUUAAGCAGCAACUAAGGCAAGGAACUAAGUUUUAAUUAUGCUACUAUUGUGGGAGGCAGAGUAAUGCUCUCUUUCCAAUAGCUUGAUUGCAUUUGGAUGAUAGAUAAUAGAUACUAAAGGGGAGCAAACGUAAGGCUAUUUUAUGCAUAUGAGUAGAAUGGUAGAUAUUUUAGUAUGGUCAAGAGCAGAAUGUGGAUAUAAAAAUGUGAGUUAUGUUAAAGGAAAUAAAAAACAAGUUACCGAUUUAAGGAAAAA